AUGAGGGCUCUCGCGGUGAUUUCGAUGGCCCUGAUGGUCAGCCUGGCGCGUUCGCAGAGCAUCGGCACGACCGCCGAAUUCCUGCAGAACGUGUACUACAGAUGCGCGGAUAGCCAGUCGAUGUUAUCCUGCGUGAAGCCCAAGGUGCUUUCCUACCUAAGCGACGCCGUUAAGCAGGACAAAGUGUCCUUGACGGAGGACCUGACCCUGGUGAGGUCUCGAGAGAUGCCCGAGGACACCCCCGAAGAGUACAAUUCCCAGUACGAAUUCGCCGACCCAUCUCGAAGAGAGUUGCUGCGGUCACUGAUGCUGGAAAAACUAGACGCCUACCUGUGCAGUCAUCGUCUGGAAGCCAAACUUCCGGACGCCAUUUUGGGGUCCAACGUGGUACCACGAGCCUUGGUCGAAUCGGUACCACAAAGCCUGAGUGUGCCCCUGGCUGACCCCAGUAGUGGUCAAGGUCGCGGGUUCGUGAAGAAGGUGAUGAUCCCCUUCCUGCUGGGCCUCAAGUUCAAGGCCACGGCCUUGGUGCCGCUGGCGCUGGCCUUGAUCGCCCUGAAGACGUGGAAAGCAUUGACCCUGGGACUGCUCUCGAUGGUCCUCAGCGGUGCGAUGAUGAUCUUCAAGCUGACAAAACCAAAGGUGGCCUACGAGGUGGUCCACUACGGGCACCCACCUGUGGAACACCCCCCUCACUGGGACACCGCCCCUCAGGGUCCUUACCGGGCUUACCGGAAGUGA